ACCUGGCCGCAUAUAAACACUCAUUACACCCCACGUCGCAAUCCAUUAUUCUUCGUCAUCAUCAAUCAAUUGUCAACAAAAGGCUAAUCUUGCACCUACUCGCCCAGAUCACUACGCCUUCUCAUCGAGCAUCAUACCAACCCACUAGUUUCGCGUCCGCAUCACAGUCGCAACCAUGGGUCUUACAUUCUCGAAGCUGUUCGACAGGUUGUGGGGGAAGAAGGAGAUGAGAAUUCUUAUGGUCGGUUUGGACGCCGCCGGAAAGACCACCAUCCUCUACAAGCUCAAGCUGGGUGAAAUCGUCACAACAAUUCCCACUAUCGGCUUCAACGUCGAAACGGUCGAAUACAAGAACAUCUCAUUCACCGUGUGGGAUGUUGGUGGUCAAGACAAGAUCCGUCCCCUCUGGAGACAUUACUUCCAGAACACGCAAGGCAUCAUUUUUGUUGUCGACAGCAACGAUCGCGAUCGUAUCGUCGAGGCUCGCGAGGAGCUCCAGCGCAUGCUUAACGAGGACGAGCUUCGUGAUGCCAACCUCCUCGUCUUUGCCAACAAGCAAGAUCUGCCCAACGCCAUGAACGCUGCCGAGAUUACCGAUAAACUUGGCCUGCACUCUCUGCGCCAGCGCGCUUGGUACAUCCAAUCGACUUGUGCCACGUCCGGUGACGGUCUUUAUGAGGGUUUGGAGUGGCUCGCAACUUCCUUGAAAAAGGCAGGGCACCAGUAGAGAGGGGAGAGGCGUACCGGUAUGGAUGCUGUACGAUUUUCAUAUUAGGGAAAGAGCAAUAGGCGUGCCUUCCUGCGUUGUCUGGCGCCACAGGGUAGUCAUGACCGUUAUUCCAUCUACUAGUCUAGUCAGGCAAGAAUGUCUUUUUUUUAUUUUCGUGAUAAUUCCAUCAAUCUAAUAGUGAUAUAAGUGAUUUAUUCUAAAGGGACAAUCAACAAGUUCUUAAGGGAUCUUAAGGGAUAAACAUCGUGCUGUGGAGGGAUAUGUAGCUUUGUAGAGCUGGUCCAGUGG